AUGCCGUCCAAAACUAACAAUGGCGUGGGGAUCCAGGUCGAGGACACCAAGAUAUGUGUUGUCAUGGUCGGUCUCCCGGCCCGCGGAAAGAGUUACAUUGCCCAACUAGCAGCGACUUUCAAUGUCGGCAACUACCGGCGUCAUGACGCUCCACAGCCAACGGCCGACUUUUUCGAUUUCAGCAAUCCCGAGGGUGAGCGGAAACGCCGUGCCGCUGCCGAGGCCGCCGUAGCUGACAUGCUUGCCUGGUUCCGCACCGGCGGCGUUGUUGGCAUUCUGGAUGCGACCAAUUCCACCAAGGAACGCCGUAAAUGGGUCUAUGAUACGUGCACUGCCCAUGGCAUCGAAGUUCUGUUUGUCGAAAGCAAAUGCGAUGAUGAAAAGACCAUCAUGGCCAACAUCCGUGACGUCAAGCUGACAAGCCCCGACUACAAGGGUCAAGAUCCAGAAGAGGCGGCUCAGGACUUUCGCAAUCGGAUCAAGCACUACGAAAAGGUCUACAAGACUAUUGAUGGCGACAAGGAUGAGGACAACUACACCUACUUGAAAUUGAUGAAUGUUGGCAAGCAAGUCAUCAUCAACCGUAUCCAAGACUAUCUCCAAAGUCGCAUCGUCUACUACCUCAUGAACCUGCAUAUCCGACCGCGAUCAGUUUGGCUAUCAAGACACGGCGAGUCUCUAUACAACCUGAGCGGACGUAUUGGCGGAGACAUGCUUCUGUCUCCCCGAGGCGAGCAGUACGCUAGGAAGCUGCCGGACUUGGUACGAGAGUCUGUGGGAGAUGACCGCCCUCUAACGGUGUGGACCUCAACAUUGAAGCGUACCAUUGCCACAGCCCGUUUCCUCCCAGCGCACUACAAUCAGUUGCAAUGGAAGGCGCUGGAUGAAUUAGACUCUGGUGUGUGCGACGGCUUGACCUACCAAGAAAUCAAAGACCGCUACCCCGAAGACUUUGCGGCCCGCGAUGAGGAUAAAUACAACUACCGAUACCGUGGUGGCGAGUCGUACCGUGACGUGGUUAUCCGCUUGGAACCAAUCAUAAUGGAAUUGGAACGUAGCGAGGACAUUCUCAUUGUGACUCACCAAGCGGUAUUGCGCUGCAUCUACGCAUACUUCAUGAAGAAGGAUCAGGCUAAGAGCCCCUGGAUGAACGUGCCGCUUCACACUCUCAUAAAAUUGACACCAAGGGCGUACGGUACAGAGGAAGUUCGGUACGAAGCGCAUAUUCCAGCUGUGAGUACUUGGCGUGGAAAGGGAAGUACUGCCAAGCAUGAGAAUCCCACUCCAGAAAGCCUGUGA